AUGGAGAAGUUAUGGGCUGUCAUGCUACAAAAGGUUGAUGGUCUUGACAAAGCUGUGCGCCGCGUGGUGGAAGAGCGCGAGGACGAAUUGCUGCAUAUAUGGAACCACCAGAAGUUCGGUGACGAGCUCCACACAUUCUGGAAGGACUCCAGCGUACUCACGGACUUGGAAAAGCUGUUGUCGCGCAUAGAUCAUGGCCCUCAGCAGGACUUGAAGAGGAAACGCGACAGAGAGGACAGCGGGAUGUUACCAGCCUCGACCAGCAAUCCCGAAAAGGCCCUUGCAUUGACCUCCGAUUUCAAAGUGACCGAGUUAUCGACAGUUACGCAGUCGACCGCACCAGCUCACGUCGGCUUGACUGACCAAUUGCUUUGGCAACGGCCGCAGACAGGACCCAAUCAUACCAACUUGGAGUUGCCAGCACCCAUCGACGUGUACGUGGGAAGGCCAGAGAUUCCACCUUUGGUGUCAAGAGACCUUGCCCCAGAGAAGGUACCACUGCCUCCAACCGCUUCAAUGCUCCUUGACCAGUAUUUUACCUAUACUCACUGUUGCUUCCCCAUUCUGGACAGACCGUACGUACUACGGAAGUUCUACGAGCACACCAGACCACGAAACCCGGUUCAUUUGGACAACGGCGACCUUGCUUGCCUCUGGGCUAUCUGUGCCUACUCGCAACAGCAAACAAAGCACUUGGGCCUACAGCCCAGCAUUGGACCUGGUGCUUCUGUUGCCAACAUGCGUGCCCGUGCCAGGGAUCUGAUACCACCAGAGAGUGGACCUUUCGCAAUAAACCAUGUGCAAGCGCUUUUGCUGCUUGCCCUGCUCGACGUGGGACUUGGUGACUGGACGUCUGCCUGGAUGCUAACCGGAUAUGCAGUCCGCGCUUUUCUCGAUACGCAAGACGCUCAUUUCCCCCAACAGCAUGGUAGAGCGCUUACAAGCGCUGCUUCUUUUCUCGCCGGGCAGGGAAACGACCCAGGCUCACAUCGAAAUCCAACAGACGUUAGGCAGCAAAGGUGGCAGGCGGUACUGCAAGGUUGUUUCAUCUUGGAGACGGUGGUUUCCCUCCGGCUGAGAAGAACUCCACAUCUUCGACGUAGCCAAUUCAAUCUGAACUCUGUGCAACUUAUCGACGAGGACGGACACGAAGAAUGGGAGCCUUGGCUCGUUAACGGCGGGGCUAGGCCACCAUCUCACGAGCCCGCUUUCGCCAUCAGCUGCUUCAAUAGGUUGACAGAGCUAUGUGCAAUUGCUAAUGAAGCCGCAGACAUUAUUUUCUAUGGAGUUGAUCCUGGAGCAUCAUCGACGCAACCGGUCUGGCAUCAAUUGCAUGCGCUUUCCGAACGAUACUGCUUCACAGUAGCAGAGGUAGAGCGACGUCCACCACAUCAGAUGCUCUUGCAAGCAUGUCAUUUCAUAGUCGAAUCAGCUCUACUCCGGACGACCCAUGAUAUUCCGCAAAACCCAGCACCACGAUGUCGUGAAAUCCUCGAGCUCUUUGAGCAGUCCUGGAAUCUGCCUGAGAAGUGUGGUAUUCCAUCGAUCUUAGUAGCAUUUUGCCAUCUGCUCGGCCCUUCCGCGAUCUGGGGCAAUUUCGCUGAGACGCGGUCAAGAUUGUCGAUCUCGUGGCCUGGGUUCAGCUCUUCCGAUGCUGGUGGGAUCGAUUCGAUGUCAGCUGGGGCUCCGAGUCUCUCGGCCCACAAUUCGGCCUCUGUUAACAGCCCUCUGCUUCCAAUCUCUCCCUUCGGUUUCCAACCGCAUCCUACCCUUCUUGGUUCGACCACACGCCAUGCCGAGCGGCCGGUAUCAGUUGGCUAUCAGGGAGGAAUGAGCUAUAACAACGCGCUUCAACUACAACAACAACCCGAGCCCCCAGCAAGCGACUAUGGAGGUAUGAGCAUCGACAUACCAGGUCAAGACCAGAUGGAUGUCGGCUUGGAGAAACAGAUGGCUGUGGGGUUGGGUACAUCACCCAGCUUUGAUGGCGAUGAGAUUGACGCCUUGUUCCAUGAGAUGGCUCAGCUUGAUACAACCCAGUGGACUGUGAACCGGACGCAAGGGUUGAAAGACUUUGGGUUUGCCGACGAUUCUACUUUCCAAGCUUUCUGUAAUGAUCCGGAUCGCCUGAUGUUGUCAGAAGGGUACAUGGGCCCAGCGUUCAAUGGUGGUAGUCUGGCUUCUGGAGGCCAGGCUGUGGCCGCGAGGGGCGAUGAUGCUCAACUUGGGAGAAUGUCGUUUGAGGACAUUUUCAGGUAG